AUGUCACAAUCACCCAAAUUUCAUACGCGAGCCGGAUCAAGGGCUUCCCUCGCUUCAGUCGGACAGAUGCCCGUCAUCAACGAAGACAGCAAUGCCAUUCCCAUAUCGACAUCACCUACAACACCACCACUGGCAAUCUUACGUGUACCGACCAAGAAUCCCCGACGAAGCAUGGGUCCUCCUGCCGAAGGAGUAACUGUACCAUAUUUGAUUGGGUUUCAGGAUAUGCCUCCAGGGGUUCUGACUCCAGCCGAGUGCAUGGACGAGGGCGAUGAUGGAGAUGAGGAUACUGUUGUUGGACAGAUGACGCCGACGCCGCCGGUGCGUCCAGGAGAUAGUCAAUGGGAUGGUGAGAAUUGGAAACCAAAUAAUACGCAGAGGAGAUGCCACUUGAUCCUCAUUGUGGCUGUAAUUCUGGUGGUUCUCGUAGGACUUGCUGUUGGGCUAUCGCUUGGUCUUACAAAGGCAUCAGUCAAAAAGAGCCGAGGCGGUAGCCAAACUACUUUCGCCUCAAACUUGCCAACCGGCGCAUUCGCAAUCGACACGCUGCUUCAAGACUCAUCUUCAGCAUGCACAUCCAAUCCAACCACCUGGAGCUGCCUUUCCUCCCAAGGCGGCCGUGUGGUGCGCUUUUACUGGAACAUCAAGCAGUCAGGCUCAGGUUACGUGAUUUCUUCCUCCAACGACCCUAUAAUUUCAUCAUUUUCGAAUAUUCCCUUGACUCUUCUCGACGGCGGCAACGAAGAAGAGAGAGUGACGUUUUCUUUCACGCUGGAUGUUACUUUUGAGCCGCCCGUUACGGCAACUAAUCGUGCUGCAAAGUGUACUUACACGGACACCACCUACGAGGCGACGCUCUGGACGAAGCGCGGAGCACAACAGCCUUACAGCUCAGUUCAGAAGCGAACGGGGUAUGGAAACUGGACGGGGCUGGUGGAGAUUUCAGAGAAGAAGAAUGCUACUUUGGGAGUGCCGCAGUGUGUGGAUUCGCAGGGAACUGUGAUUGCGGAUGUGCAGGCUGAGAUGGGGACCUGUGAGUGUUCGUAUAGGACAAAGGGGUGGCAAUAA